AUGCACGGGAAGGCCAAGACGUCGGGCUACGACUCGGUGGGCGGAGAGAUGGGCUUCGAGCCCAUGUGUCCCAAAGCAUGGCGAGGUCGGGUCCAGGUUAACCAUGGGCCAACUAAGAAAUGGACCGGCUGGGCCCGUAGUGCGGAAAAGAUGAGUUUGAUUGACCAGAGCAGGGAAUGGCCUGAAUCUGACCCCCAGGGGGGACCAUGGGCCGUCGACCACCAUCCUAACCGGAUGAGUUUGGGCGGCGGGUGGUCGGACCGAGAAGGGCGACCCAGGAUCGGGCGGGGCCAGCUAGAACGAACUGACUCGAGACGACUCGAACCAAACCGAUUCAGACCGAGCCGAACCAAACCAAACACCGUUGAACCAAAUUGGUCGAGCUGGAACGGAAAUCGAUCGAACCUGACCCGGGCAGCAGUGGACAGUGGAGGUAAAAUGGGUCUGCUUGGCUUCUGGAGAGGAAUGGGCGGAGGAUCGGAUGCAGUGUACCCUCCUAUGAUGACACCGAAAGCCUAUCGGCAUCGACCGGACCGGCGUUGGGAGGUGGGGCAAGGAUCAGGGGUUAAGGACAGAGGCUGGAGCGAGGAUGAGGAAGGAUUGGGCUUUGAUAAUCAGACAUGGAGGAAGCCAGAGCGUGGGAGUCGCCGGGAUCCCCGACACGGAGGUCACGACAUAGGCAGGUAUGGUGGUUAA